GUACAGAGAUGGUAAACCCAAGGCAAACCGGUAACACACCGACAGAGUCGAUGAGACGUCAACGGCCGCUGGCAAACUCGGACUAAAGCGACUGGAAUAAAACACACAUUUUCGACUCGGCAGCAGAUAUUGAUCUAUUAACUUCAUAUCUGUGUGUAUGCCUUUAAAUUACAAUAGAUUGCCACUUUAGAAGACGCCGCGAAUGGUCCGAGGCUCCUGACAAACUCUGUUUCCGACGGCUGUUAAAAAUAUUUUCUUCGGGGUCUUUUGGCUUGUCAGCUGGUGGCAAUCGCGGAUCAACGACACACGGUAGGGGACACAGCGGGGAGUUCGUGCCUUUUGGUCGACUGACUCGGUACUGGCUGGGUGGACCUCCGACGGGAGCAGAACCUCGGAGCGGCCCGCUUCGACAGCCGCGGUUUACGGAGGACAUUCGGCGGCUUCAAACAAGCAACCCUUCAGUAUUUGAUCCCUCGAAGCCGGCUAGAAUCCGGACAGAGACCUCAUGAAUGGAAAUCGGAACUACAGGAGCCGUUGGGGCUGCGCCCCUGUUCUCCGUACCUCGGAGGCCAGGCUAUGGCACCAUGGGGAAGCCCAUCAAGCUACUGGCCAACUGCUUCCAGGUGGACAUCCCCAAAAUGGACGUCUACCUGUACGAAGUGGACAUCAAGCCCGAAAAGUGCCCUCGACGUGUUAACAGGGAGGUGGUGGAUUCCAUGGUGCAGCACUUUAAGGUGACAAUCUUUGGGGACAGAAGACCAGUCUAUGAUGGCAAGAAAAGCCUCUACACAGCCCAGCCGUUACCAGUGGCCACAGCGGGGGUGGACCUGGAUGUGACCUUGCCAGGUGAAGGUGGGAAGGACAGGCUGUUUAAGGUCACCAUUAAGUUUGUGUCACUGGUCAGCUGGCACUUGCUGCAUGAGGUCCUCACCGGGAGGAGCACACCUGAUCCUCUGAACCUGGAUAAGCCAAUCAGCACCAAUCCCGUACAUGCUGUAGAUGUUGUUAUGCGCCAUCUGCCCUCUAUGAGGUACACCCCAGUGGGACGAUCUUUUUUCUCCUCCCCCGAGGGCUAUGAUCACCCACUGGGUGGGGGGAGGGAGGUGUGGUUUGGCUUCCACCAAUCAGUGCGUCCAGCUAUGUGGAAAAUGAUGUUGAACAUUGAUGUGUCUGCCACCGCAUUCUACAAAGCUCAACCUGUGAUUCAGUUUAUGUGUGAGGUUCUGGAUAUCCACAACAUCGACGAGCAGCCUCGACCUCUUACUGAUUCCCAUAGAGUCAAAUUCACCAAAGAGAUCAAAGGUCUAAAGGUGGAGGUCACCCACUGUGGCACCAUGCGGAGGAAGUACAGGGUGUGUAAUGUCACUCGUCGUCCGGCCAGCCACCAGACGUUUCCAUUACAGUUAGAAAAUGGACAGACCGUGGAGAGAACUGUGGCACAAUACUUCAGGGAAAAGUACAACUUACAACUCAAGUACCCCCAUCUCCCCUGCCUGCAAGUAGGACAGGAGCAGAAGCACACAUACCUGCCUUUAGAGGUGUGCAACAUUGUGGCAGGCCAGCGCUGCAUUAAAAAAUUAACAGACAACCAAACCUCCACCAUGAUCAAAGCCACGGCCCGCUCUGCACCGGACAGACAAGAGGAGAUCAGUAGACUGGUGCGCAGUGCCAACUACAACUCGGACCCCUUCGUGCAGGAGUUUCAGUUCCGUGUGCGGGACGAGAUGGCGGAGGUGACGGGUCGUGUCCUGCCCGCCCCUAUGCUGCAGUACGGCGGCAGGGUGAGCUCUGAACACUUUAUGAAUCGCACAGUGGCCACCCCAAGUCAUGGAGUGUGGGAUAUGAGAGGCAAGCAGUUUCAUACUGGUGUGGAGAUCAAGAUGUGGGCCAUUGCUUGCUUUGCCACUCAGAGACAAUGCAGAGAGGAAGUUCUCAAGGGCUUUACAGACCAGCUGCGGAAGAUCUCUAAGGAUGCAGGGAUGCCCAUACAGGGCCAACCAUGUUUCUGCAAAUACGCUCAGGGAGCAGAUAACGUGGAGCCCAUGUUCCGCCACCUGAAAAACACCUACGCUGGCCUCCAACUCAUCAUUGUCAUUUUGCCCGGGAAGACUCCUGUCUACGCUGAAGUGAAACGUGUUGGAGACACUCUUCUGGGAAUGGCCACUCAGUGCGUUCAGGUGAAGAACGUGGUGAAAACAUCCCCUCAGACCCUCUCUAACCUCUGUCUCAAGAUUAAUGUCAAACUGGGCGGCAUCAACAACAUAUUGGUACCCCAUCAGCGGCCAUCUGUAUUCCAGCAACCUGUCAUUUUCCUGGGAGCUGAUGUCACUCAUCCGCCCGCAGGAGACGGCAAGAAACCCUCCAUUGCAGCUGUGGUGGGCAGCAUGGACGCUCACCCCAGCAGGUACUGCGCCACCGUCCGUGUUCAGAGGCCCAGACAGGAGGUGAUUCAGGAUCUGGCGUCCAUGGUGCGAGAGCUGCUCAUCCAGUUCUACAAAUCCACCCACUACAAACCCACCAGAAUCAUCUUCUACAGAGACGGUGUGUCUGAGGGACAGUUCAGACAGGUGCUGUACUAUGAGUUGUUGGCCAUACGCGAAGCUUGUAUCAGCCUCGAGAAGGAAUAUCAACCAGGAAUUACCUACAUUGUUGUGCAGAAACGCCACCACACUCGUCUCUUCUGCGCUGACCGUACUGAGAGGGUGGGCCGUAGUGGUAACAUACCAGCAGGCACCACAGUGGACACUGAUAUCACCCAUCCUUACGAAUUUGACUUUUAUCUGUGCAGCCAUGCUGGAAUACAGGGUACAAGUCGACCUUCACACUACCAUGUGCUAUGGGACGACAACUGCUUUACAGCCGAUGAAUUCCAGCUCUUGACCUACCAGCUGUGCCACACAUAUGUGCGCUGUACCCGCUCCGUUUCCAUCCCUGCUCCUGCCUACUAUGCCCACCUAGUGGCCUUUAGAGCCCGCUACCAUUUAGUGGACAAAGAGCACGACAGUGCGGAAGGCAGCCACGUGUCGGGCCAGAGUAAUGGCCGAGAUCCCCAGGCCCUGGCCAAAGCUGUGCAGAUCCAUCACGACACUCUGAGGACCAUGUACUUUGCUUAGCCCCGCCUCCACAGACCUGUCAGUCGCUGGUCAUUGUGCACUUAGCGGAGGAGGGCUUCUCCCAAUCACAGGCUGCUAAAGAGAACCAAAUGUAGACGUUACAGGAGGAACUAGCACUGUUAUGCAAUAGAAAAACAGCCAAUCUUUCCAUUCUGCUUCGCUUAACUAAUUGUUUUUAAUGUGUAGGUUGCAGCUAUACCAUUAUUUAUUAGAUUCGUAGAUCUGUUUAACUAUUAAUUUAGGUCACAAAACCAAGUUUAAGAAGGUUUGCUUGAUGAACUUGUACUAGAUCAGUAAAUGAGGCAGUGUUAUUUCUUUAGGAGCAGAUGGAUUUCUCGUUUUUAGUUGUGUUUCAAAACUGAUCAAAGACACAUUAAGUUAAACAUCAGUGUCUUCUGAUUUAGUUGAAAAUGACAGGCAGGCAUGUUUGAACUAAUCUUUGGAACCACCUUGGAUUUAGGAUUAGUAUUUUAUUAUUAUUAUUGUUAUUAUUAUUAUUAUUAUUAUUAUUAUUAUUAUUUUUUUAAGGUUUGAUGAAGUCGGUCGCUGGAGGAAUGCCACUAGAGGGCAGUGCAAAGUCGGCUAUGACAUCUUACUGUAGGUCCUUCACUGUUCCUCUAGACAUUUCCUUCACUAAUCUGAAAGCAUUCUUGAUAUUUUACUAGUAAAUCAUGCUUUUUCAGCAAAAUCUGAGCAUUUUCAAAAAGGACAAUUGAAAUGUCAUUCCAUUUCAUUCCAACCAGUCAGAAAUCCAUAUUUGUUCUUUUCACAUCUCAUUUUUUCAUGUCUUAUCUGCUUUUUGAACAUCGGAGGCGCCGCUUUUCUACUAGUUUCACAGUCUUUCAAAUGAUUCUGUAUACCUCUGUGAUACAUUAACUUUCUAGUUCAUGCGCUGUCUGGAAAAUACUGCGCCUGCCAUUGAACUAUUGGUUCUUUGCGGUUCCCGGCAGCUUUCUCUUCGGCUCGCUCAUUAAGCAGAGGUGACAGAUUAGCUAAGGGCUGCAGAAUCACCAAAAGAUGAACUUUGAAACUCAAGGGUUGGCGAAAAGUUUCCACGUAGUCAGUUGUUUAUGUGUGUGUGUUGAAUGCUUUGUGCCUCAUUCGUUUUGAGUGUGCUUACAACGCAAGCGUUCAAAUCAGUCAGAGCGUGACCAUAACACAUUUAAUGUGUGUGCACGUAUUAUUCCACCAGAGGCCUACGUCAUCCAUUAAUAUUAACUUUACAGCUGUUAGACAUUUCAUUCUGACUUAUGAUCUCUGAGCUUAUUUAUAACGUUGCUUUUAACUUGUAUUUGUCAAUAGCGCAUCUGUAAAUUAACUUAUCAGUUUCUUAAUUUCGCGUUUUAGCCCUGUGAACUCUGACAAACACUGUCCCAUAAGCCUUUUAGUGCAAUAAGCCAAUUAUUGACUGCUCUGUCGUAGACUUUCAUUAUACAAUGCAAACCGUACCUUAUGAGUGAAUGCUUUAAUUUAAAAACAAAACAAAAACAUUGUUGUAUGUGGCAUUGUGUAAAAGAACUUGAAUCGAAAUGAAAGAUGUGUUUUAAGGCCAGAAUGCUGGGUUGCGUUUACAGAGGAGAUGGAUGGCUCUCAUGUUUUAUGGGAAAGAAUCAGUUUGCUGUCAAGAGACCUUUCAUGUAAAAUGUCAAAUGAGACAAAGUGCCUGUUUUGUAGGAAAUAUCCCUAAAACGCAAUUCUAUUGGGGUAUUUUUAAAUAGAUAUUUAAAGUAAGUGGCGUGUACAUAGGUUGGACGGAUAUUUAGCUAUUGAAACGGUUGCUAUUAAGGUUUUUUGUUGUUAAGGGCAAUUUGAACAGUUGAUACCUAUAUAAAAACAGACUGGCUCGUUUUCUUUUGAAUUUAGUUAAAUCUUUUGAACUCAUUCAAAAGCUAUCUUUCAACUUUUUUUGAAACAUUUGGACGUUCUCCUUUGAGCUUUUAAAUGGCCUUUAGAUCUUACGGACUUUAUUUUAAACCAAGUUUAAAUUUUUAAACAUUCUUUUGAACUUUUUUUUUGGCCUCUUCAAACCCCUGCACGUUCACAGCCCCUGUAUAUUCAGCUGCAUUCCAUACAGACCAAACCAAUGUGCCUCGGAAAACAGGGGUAGCAGGGAGUAUUGAGUAAAGGCAAUUGGAUUGUAGUAGGGUAGGUGGAGGGUUAUAUUUGUUAACUCGAUGGCCUCUGGCAUACUUUCACAUCACCCUUAAUGUGAAUGGCACUGUGGUCUUUCUGCCCUAUAGCCACAAAGAUGUGUUGACCAGUGUAGCUGCUAUUUUACGUAAAUUACAUCUGCUUUUAUAUGUGGAGAGAGAACUGACAAAUGACUGACAAAUAUAUUGCUGCACUUGAAAGGCUGCACGGUCUCAGAUUUGGUGCUAAGAGGUGUGGUGCUGUAAUUCGGGGAUGUUAACUACGCUAAUGUAUCUGCUUCGCAUUUACGCAUUUACUCCGAAAAUGUUUGCGUUUUACAUACACGGUGAAAAAUUGUAGAUCUUUAGAGAUGCGUUUGGAUUUUUUUUCAUUGUUAUUUUUUUCCAGAGUGUGACGUUCGGUUAGCUCGCUAAUUUUUCGAGAGUUUUUAGCGAAUUACCAAACCCACAGUUGUGACGUUAUAUCCAAACAGUUUAAAUUAAAAUGUCACACUUAGCGAGUUAACUGGAGUUUAGCUCUGUAAAAAAAAAAAAAAAAAAAAAAAAAAAACAAUCGAAUGGCUUCGGUGCUCUUUUUGGUUUGUUUCGAUGUUGAGAACUGUUACUUCUCUGCCGCUACCAGCAUUUGAACUUACUUGAAUAAGGGGAGUGAUCAGUAGACCCUUCACCCGUAUGCAUGCUUGGCUUUUAGAUGACCGUUUAUACAGCCUUCUGAAGUUGCCACGGAUUAAAUCGCUAAAAAAAGUCUUGUAGGUGGGGCUAUUGAAUUGGUGGGAGUGGCUUAAAUAUAACCUCCCACUGAAACUGUGACGUGAAACUCCCCACCCCUUGGCUUAAAGCUGGAUUGCGGAUACCUUAAAGCAUUUUAAAUUCAGAGAAGUAUAUUUGUAUAUUUUUAAAUAACGGAACUACAUAAUGCACAUCAAUUAUUUUUGCUAACAAAGUCUAUAAAAGAUAAGCAGAAGAUGGUAAUAGCGAUCUUAGUCAUGAUAGCGACUAAUAUAAAUUGGGCUAAUAUGCAAUAGACUAUUGACUAGUAGAUUCGUUUCAUCUUGUUUUUCGAAAGGAAGUCGUUUGUGAGUGUCUCUGCGUUGUCCUACGGUAUUUAUGAGCAAAACGAUGUAGUUCACAAAGGGAUGAACCUUCAGUCCUCUCGCUUUAUUAUACUUUUAUCGACUUAAACAUGAAGGUACCACCUCAAACUUUUCCUUGUGGUUAAUUAAAUACAGAACGAUUCACACCCAAGCACAUUUUAAAAAAAUGCCUGUAGGCGCCAAGCCCUCUUGAACUCGAUAUAUUAAUAACCUUUUUUCCUCAAGCGUGGAGUAUUUGCCGCUUGAGCAUAUUUUUCUGACCGUUGAGGCGAAGAUUCAUCCUUUGGGCAGGCGAUUAGUGGAAUGUGCCUUUUCUGAUGGUGCUGUUCUCAGACAGGUAAUAUACAACAUUUUUAAGGGCCCAACAAGGCUAUAUUGAAGUUAUAUUAAUAUGAUAUACUGUAUAAUGUGUGUUUAAGAGUGUUAAAACUGUAUGUGUGGGUGUGAUUGUGCCUCUUUAUUCGCCAAGAACACAUUAAAUCGCAGAGCUUGCCAGUUUCAGGGUCUCUGGACCAAACUUUCUACAAGGAUUAUAGCUACUUUUUGUAAGGUUGUGGCACUGCAAAACAGAUCAAGCACUGACCCUGUCAGGCUAUACAAAAUAAGCCUGGAAAUUCAUCCCUUUUAUUGUUUUUUUUGUCUUCAAACCAUUUCUAACAAAUCUUUGUUUUCUAUACGUAGUGAAAUAGCAAUAACGGAAUUGGUAGUGUCACUAAUAUUGGGCUUAAAUUCCAGUUUUAGACACUUUUUCAUAUGAACUUCACGGAUCCAACUGUUACAUUUAUAAACGUAAUGAUCUGGUGAUUUAUAAAACGAGGAUAUCUGUAUCUGUGAUUAAAUACAGCACAAUAUGUAUCAGAUUUAUCAUACUAUGCAAGCUUCUUCUCAUCUUGAAGGAGCUUCAUAGGAUUCUUUAAAGUCAGCACUCUUUCCAUUGUGAUGCAACAUGAUGUUCAGCGCUCUGAUUUAACGGUUUAGUUUAAGUGUGAUGAAAUAAUAUUAAUGAUAACACAACUGUCCGGUUUUAAAAAUAUAUAUUUGUCUCUUGUUUUGUCUCAGCCCUUCUAAUUGUGGUCUUUCAUUGGGUCUUUUUAUUUGGUUGUUCUAUUUAAUUGUCAAUAUUUGAAUUAAAACUGUAUGUAUGCAAACUUUGAUGGAUAUGUCUUUUGAACUGUUUGUCCCGGACAAAAAUGAUACAUAUGAAUAAAUACUGAAUGUACAUGCA